AUGAAUACUAAUAGUGGUGACCAACUGAAUGCUGCAGCUCAAACCGAUGAUAUAGAUCUCCUUUACACAGUAAUUCAUGAUGAUCCAUGGAUUUUGGAGAUUAUAGAUUCUAUACCAUUUGUUGAAACUCCUUUGCACAUCGCCGCAUCUUUGGGGCAUAUCCGAUUUGCCAUUGAGAUUAUAAACUUGAAACCUUCAUUCGUUUGGAAGCUACAAUUCACCAAUGCUGCCACAUUUGCACAUAAACUCAAAUCAAAACCCUCAAUCAGACAUAAAGUGACAACUUGUAUACUUCGCAUUACAAGUAAUAUAUUAGAGGAGCAACGUAACACUUGGUUGAUAGUUGCGACUCUUGUUGCAACAGCGACCUAUCAAUCAGCACUGAGUCCUCCUGGUGGAAUUUAUCAGGCUAGUGCUGGUAAUGAUAAUAAUUUGAACAUCACUUCUGCCAAUUCUACUCUUCUUACACCAAACAAUGCUGGGGAAUCAGUCUUGUCAGGACCAGAAUUCUGUAUGUUCUUAAUUUUGAAUAUGACUUCCUUUUUUUUUUAA